AUGGAUAAAACAACCAAGAAAAGCGUUGAGUACGGUCUUUCCUCAUAUAAGGAUGAGGAUGAAGGGGUUGUUAGUGAAGUGCGGCUGAAGCGGAAUUAUUCUCCUUUGACUAUUUUGUCUAUGGCUGCGGUGUUGAUGGCAACAUGGGAGGCUCUAUCAAGUACAAUGGUUUCAGCCUUGGUCAGUGGGGGCCCGGUCUCAUUAUUUUAUGGUUUUAUUGUGGCCUUCAUUGGUGCUGUAGCAACUGCUGCAUCACUGGGUGAAAUGACCUCAAUGUACCCUACUGCUGGUGGACAAUACCAUUUCGUUGCAAAGCUUGCUCCGAAGAAAUGGCAGUAUAUUCUCAGUUGGCUCACGGGAUGGAUAGGAACCUUUGGCUGGGUUGCCUUCACAGCCAGUGCACCCUUCCUGGCCGCAACAAUGGUCCAAGGCCUAAUCACGCUCAACUCCGAAUCUUAUGUCUUCCAACGAUGGCACGGAACGAUGAUAUACUGGGCACUAUUGCUGGGGUCAGGCAUGAUGAACAUAUGGGGAACUCGUCUGAUGGCUUUGAUUGAGGAUGCCUCUCUCAUUAUACAUAUUGUUGCGUUCAUCGUGGUCUUCGUGGUCAUGUGGGUGUGUGCUCCGGUCAAACACUCAGCCAGUUUUGUGUUUACGUUGUUCCAAAACAACUCGGGCUGGUCCAGUGAUGGUGUUUCUUGGAGUAUUGGAAUGCUUUCAAGCUGCUAUGUUUUAGCCGGAUAUGAUGGUGCAAUUCAUCUCUGUGAAGAAAUGCUGAACCCAGCGGUUUCUGUUCCAUGGUGUAUGCUUGGAUCUCUUGUUAUCAAUGGUGUUAUGGGAUUUGCAUUUUUGCUGGCAAUUCUCUUUUGUAUGGGGGAUAUGGCGACCGCGCUCAACUCUACUACCGGGUUUCCAAUCAUUGAAAUCUUCAAAAGCGUUACUGGUAGCCCUGCUGCCGCGACUGCUAUGACUUGCACUCUCAUUGUGACAGCUUCUCUGGCCACUAUUCCGCUGAUGGCAUCGACAGCGCGUAUGUUCUGGUGCUUGGCUCGUGAUAAAGCCUUUCCCUUCUCAAAACAGCUUUCAAAAGUUAGCAAAAAAGACCGGGUUCCCAUCUGGUCGGUAGCAACCGUCUUUGUAUUCCUUUUUAUUCUUGGCUUUGUCAACAUUGGCUCGACCACGGCAUUCAACGCAAUCCUUUCUCUCGCAGUCUUCGGACUUCAUGUUUCAUACAUGCUGCCAGUUAUUUUUAUGUUUUGGCGUCGUUUGUGUACACCAGAAAUCUUGACCUAUGGGCCAUGGAAGCUUGGAGGCUUCGGUGUGCCGGUCAACAUCAUCUCCCUGGCAAAGACCGUCGUUUCGACCAUACCGCUCAACUGUCUCGGGGAUAUUGCAUUCAAUCCUCCCUUGUCCCCUCUUCGACAACCAGCCAUCGCCAAGGGUCAUAUCAACAAAGGUGCCAAGAUCCAUUUCAAACUGAAAGACACGGGGCCGGGCUGGUUUACGACUGCGAAUAGCUCCGACGAUUCGUCCUACGUUUUCGCGUUUUCCGACCACAAUGGCACCCAGGCCUCUGGUCCAUCAGGGACAUGGUGCAUUGGUUUUGGAUAUAAUGGCCAGUUGAUGGACAAGAAGGAUUACAAGCACAUUAUCGACAGGUUUCACGAUGCCAUUCACCCGACCGCCAAUGUUGAAGCUUAUGCAACUCAUGAUUGGAUGAACGAUCCAUACACAAAAGGUGCCUGGGCUUGUUGGGGAGCCAAUUGUGCCUCGCGGUUUCUCCAGGAGCUCCAGAAACCUCAUGGGCGGGUCAUCUUUGCCACCGCCGAUUGGGCAGACAGAUGGAGAGGGUUUGUGGAUGGAGCAAUUGAACGAGGUCAGCAAGCUGUAAAGAAUACGAUAGCAGUGCUCAAGAACACCAGUCGAUCCAGUCUGUAA